AUGCCUAAUGGCAGCCUCAUUUAUCAAUUGUCUCUUGCUGGGGCUAAUAGGCUAACGUGGCCACAAAGAAAGAACAUAAUCCUUGAUGUGGCUAAGGGGCUUGCUUAUUUGCAUUAUGAAAUCAAACCCCCAAUUUAUCACCGUGACAUAAAGGCUACCAACAUACUUUUGGAUUCCAAAAUGAAUGCUAAAUUGGCGGAUUUUAGCUUGGCCAAACAAGGUAGUGAAAUCCAAUCUCAUCUCACCACAAGGGUUGCUGGCACAUAUGGUUACUUGGCACCAAAGUAUGCUCUUUAUGGACAACUAACAGAGAAGAGUGAUGUAUACAGUUUUGGUAUUGUCAUCCUGGAAACCAUAAGUAGUAGAAAAGUGUUUGAUAAUCUGAAUUCAUCUAUGGAUUCAAUCACAGAUUGGGUAUGGACACUUGUGGAAUCAGGAAUGAUGGAUGAGAUUUUGGACGAGUCAAUAAAGAGGUGA